AUGGUUCUUGUAGAAAAUUGGAUGCCUCCAUCGAGGGAAAAUUGGGAAUUGAUCAUUUGGGGAUUUAAAUGGUUUCCCUUGGUAACGUUACUUCAAUGGAUUCAGCCAUGGUAUGGGGCAGGCAAGACAUCGUCAAAUAGUCGAUUCAAUAUACCCGGGAAGAUAGCUUGGAUUACGAUGGAAACGCCGGGUUUGUUGACAAUGUUGUAUGUCAUGUAUACGUUACCUGCGGAAGUGGGAUUGAAGGAGUUACCUUGGGAGAAUAAGUUGAUGGCUGGGCUUUAUGUCAUACAUUACCUCAAUCGUGCUAUAAUAGGCCCUCUUAUAUCUCCUUCUAUGUCACCUAUUCACCCUAUCGUUUGGCUUUCGGCGAUUGCCUUUCAAGUCACCAAUGCUACAUCUCUGGGGUGCUAUUUUGCUGGUUACGGUCCUGUCACGAGAGCUGAUUGGAGACCUGUGUCCGGAAAUCCAUAUGUAAACGGAGCAAGAAUCGAAUUCGGCAUGAUGAUAUUCUUUCUCGGUUUAGUAUCUAACGUAUUUCAUGACGAUGAACUACGAGAAAUUAGACGCGCGGCACUUCGAAAACAAGCAGCUCAGAAAGAUCCUUCAACUGGGAAAAAUAAAGGAAAUGCCAAAGUCGACAAAGUAUACAUGAUACCUCAAAAUGGGCUUUUCAGUUAUAUAUUAUACCCACAUUAUUUCUGCGAAUGGAUCGAAUGGGCUGGAUUCUUUAUUAUGGCGGGAGGUGAUUGUGUACCUGCAAGAAAUUUUCUUGUAAAUGAGGUGGCUACUAUGCUCCCUAGAGCUGUACAGGGAAAGGCAUGGUAUGUGAAGAGAUUUGGUAAAGAGAAGGUUGGAGGAAGAAAGGCGGUAAUACCGGGGAUUUUGUAA